AUGGUGAAAAAGGCAGGUGAUACGGUAAGUCGGAUGGGGUACUGUAGUUUGAAAAAUCUUUGAAGUACUGUACUUGAGUUACUGUAGCUUGAUGUAACUUGAGUGAGCAGAAUAGAAGGGACUUUCUCAUUCAACCUACAGUAAUCCCAGUUGAAAAAGGUACUGUAGAUUUAUGACGUGGCAAUUUUUAUUUAAAACAUUUUUCAGAAAAACUAUAAAAAAAUCUUUAAUUCUGAAAUUUUUUUGCAGAAAAAGAAAGAUUCUCAAAUGAAUUCAGUGUCAAAAAAAGUGACAGACACAAAAACGGAAGACGCAUCGGUAACAGAUGAUAUUCGAGGAGCCGAAUAUUAUCAUGGACUUGUGCCAAGACAAGAUGCCGAAGCAAUAUUGAAAAGAGAAGGCGAUUUUUUGUUGCGAAAAACUGAACAAACGCCUGGAAAAGUUGUGUUGGCAUUGUCAGUAAGAGUUCAAGAUGAUUUGUGUCGACAUUUUAUGUUGAAUUUGGAUCCGGCUACAAAUAAAUUCUAUUUUGAAACACAUCAAGAAGCUAGUAUUAGUGAUUUGAUUAAUUGGCAUAUGUAAGUUGCAAAAAAAAUUCAGAAAUAUUGAAAUUUUGAAACAUUGGUUGUUUGUAAGUAACUAUAAUCAAACUACACUCUAGUUAAAGUCCUAAAAAUUUCAAUUUUUUGUUUUGAAAAUUUUGAUACAAUGUUUGAAUAAACAACCGGAAAUUUUCAUCAGAAAAUCUGAUAAAACAUUUGAAACAGUGAAUUUUUGGGAUUUUUACAGGUGAAAUAUUUUUUCAAAAAAUCAAAUAUUCACUGUUUCAAAAUUUUCUUAUAUUUUCAUAAAAUUUUUAGAAGUGCUAUCUUAAUUCGAUUUGAUGGAAAUUAAAAAAUCAAGCUAAAAAUCUGAAAAUUUGACAGCGAUCCUUAAACUAGACUCUAGUUCUUUUACAUUAAAUCCGAAUGCACAAACCUGAAUUGCAAUAAUCAAGAGAAAUGUUUAGAGAUUUUUUGAAAAAAUAUUUAAAAAAAAUAAAUGAUGUUAAUAUAAAUCUUAAACUCUAAAAUUUUCAAUUUGAGGACCACAAAAACGCCAUUAUCAACAGCAUCUGGUGCAAAAAUCCGUCGUCCGAUGGAAAGAAGUGCAUGGCUUAUCAAUCACGAUUCAAUAGUUGCAUGCAAAAAACUGGGAGAAGGUGCAUUUGGUGAAGUAUUUUUGGCGGAAUGCGAUUCGGGUGGAUCAAAACAAGAAGUUGCGAUAAAAACAAUGAGAGCUCAAGCAUCGAGAGAACAUCGAUUGAGAUUUAUGAAAGAAGCAAGAUUGAUGAGAAAAUAUCAACACAAACAUGUUGUCAAAUUGUUGGGUGUUGCUAUUCAUGAACAUCCGCUAAUGAUUGUUAUGGAAUUUUGUCCGAGUUGGUUUUUUUGGGAAGGAAAGAAAGGGGCCAGGAUGUUUCUGGCACCAAAUAUUCAUAAUUCGAAAAUUCUUAAUGCAAAAAAAAAUUCCCAAAAAUUUACUGUUUCAAAAUUUCUAUUAGAAUUUGAGAGAUAUUUGGGUAUCAGUAUCAUCUCCAAAAAACCAUCCAAAAAUUUUUUAUUCAAAAAUUCUCCCAAAAGUUAACGGUUUCUCAAAAUUUCUUCAAUUUUCAGACGGUUCCCUCUUGGCACAUUUGAAAAAGAACAAAGUUGAAAAGUUGGAAAAGUUACGUUUCACAACAGAAGCAUCGGAUGGGAUUGCAUACUUGGAAAAAUCAAAAUGUAUUCAUCGUGAUAUUGCGGCAAGAAAUUGUUUAUUAUCAGCCAAAAGUGUGAGUUUGAUUUGAUUGUGAUUUUCGGCUCAAAAUCUUCUACUUUUUUCUCAGGAACUCAAAAUUUCGGAUUUCGGAAUGUCAGCUGAUAAUGAUGAUGUUGUGAAAGAUGAAACUUUGGAAAAAGGUACCUGUAAAAUGGUUGGCACCCGAAACAAUGCAGGAGAAAAUAUACUCGCAUAAAACGGAUAUUUGGUCGUUUGGUGAGUUCAAUUUUUGGCAGGAAAUUUGAAAUUUGGCGCCAAAUUCAAAAUUAAAAUUUUAAUUCCACGUUCCAGGUGUCCUAGUUUGGGAGAUUUAUUCGGAUGGUUCUGAACCGUAUCCAGGAUUAACAAAAAUUCAAACUCGUGCUAAAAUCAUUGUGAAUGAUUAUCGAAUGAAAAUGCCUGAUGGAACACAUCCACAAAUUGCUGAAAUUGUAACUGGAACUUGUUGGCAAAAAAAUCCCGAAAAACGUAGCACAAUGGAUGCGAUUCAUAAGAAGAUUCGAGAAUUUUAUCAAUCCGAAAAUAAGAAAUGA